AUAUAAAUGAUUUGAAUAUGAACAGUGGAGGUAUGGUUAGUAAAUUUGCAGAUGAUACUAAAAUUGGUAGUGUCAUGGACAAGAUUACCUCAAAGUGCAAUGGGACCUUGAUCAGAUGGGCCAAAGAUGGAGUUUAAUUUCGGUAAGUGUGAGGUGCUGCAUUUUGGAAAGGCAAAUCAAAACAGGACUUAUAAUAGACUCUAUUUAUUUGUGGGAUGUGGGUGUCAUUGGCUGGCCAGCAUUUCUUGCCCAUCCUAGUUGCCAUUGAGAAGGUGUGGUGAGCCGCCUUCUGAAGUGCUGCAGUCCUCCAGCUGUAGGUUGACCAAAUGCUAUUAGGGAAGGAAUUCCCAGAUUUUGACACAGCAACAGUGAAGGAAUGGGGAUAUAUAUCCAAGUCAGGAUGGUGAGUGGCUUGGAGGUGGUGGUGUUCCCAUAUAUCUGAUGCCCUGUCCUUCCAGAUGGAAGUGGUCAAUGUUUGGAAGGUGCUGUCUGAGGAUCUUUGGUGAAUUUCUGCAGUGCAUCGUGUAGAUAGUACACACUGCUGCUAUUGAGCAUCGGUGGUGGAAGGAGUAGAUACUUAUGGAUGUAGUACCAUUCAAGUGGGCUAUUUUGUCCUGGAUGGUGUCAAGCUUCUUGAGUGUUGUUGGGGCUGCACUCAUCCAGGCAAGUGGCAAGCAUAGUCUCUUAUUGGUGAUGGUCAUAGCCUGGCCUUUGUAUGGUGAGAUUGUCACUUGCCACUUGUCACCCCAAGUCUCGAUAUUGUCCAGAUCUUGUUGUAUGUGAACAUGGACUGCCUCAACAUCUGAGGAGUCACAAAUUGUGCUGAACAUUGUGCAAUCAUCGGUGAACAUUCCCAUUUCUGCCUUAUGGUUGAGGGAAAGUCAUUGAUGAAACAGCUGAAGAUAGUUGGGUCUAGGACACUACCCUGAGGAACUCCUGCAGAGAUGUGCUGGAGCUAAGAUGAUUGGCCUCCAACAACCACGACCAUCUUCCUAUGUGUCAGAUACGACUCCAACUAUCGGAGAGUUUCCCCUCUGAUACCAUUUGAAGCCACCCAUUAGUGAGGCUACUUUUGGAAUACUGCAUUCAAUUCUUGUCUCCCUGCAAUAGGAAGGAUGUUUUGAAAUUUGAAAUGGUUCAGAAGACGUUCACGAGGAUGUUGGUGGGUUGGAGGGUUUGAGCUGUAGGAAGAGGCGGAAUAGGUGAAGGCUAUUUUCCCUGGGGGCUGACGGGUGACCUUAUUGAGGCUUAUAAAAUCAUGAGUGGCAUGGACAAUGUGAAUAGCCCAGGUCUUUUCCCCAGGGUGGGGAAAUCUAGAACUAGAGAGCAUAAGUUUAUAAUGAAAGGAGAAAAAUUUUAAAGGCACAUAAGGGGCAACUUUUUCAUGCAGAGGGUUGUUUGUGUGUGGAAUGAGCUGCCAGAGGAAGUGGUGAAGGUUGGUACAAUGACAACAUUUAAAAAUCAUCUUGAUUGGGUAUAGGAAUAGAAAGAAUUUACAGGGAUAUUGGCCAAAUGUUAGUAAAUGGGAUUAGAUUAAUUUAGGAUAGCUGGUCAGUCUGGACAUGUUAGACUGAAGGGUCUGUUUCCGUGCUGUGCAGAUGUAGGACUCAAUGACUCUACCUGUGGAGAGAAAUCAGAGUUAUGUUUUGGGUCCAGCAGCCCUUCUUCGGAACCGAAAAACUCUGGAUAAACUAUCAUUUGGCAAAUAUCCAACUGAACUCACCUCUUGAUAAAAUGUUUCUCAGAAAAUACUGCAAAUGUGUAAAGGCAGUAAAAAGGGAAUGGCGAACCGGCCAAAUAUUCUAUACCUUUUUUGUUUCAAUGGAAGGAAGAUUUGACCAACUGGGAAAUGACCUUCGUUAUUUCUGGCAAAAUUCUCGCCAACAAGGUUCUGAACGCAGGAAUACAAGAUCAGCAAAAAUCCAUAUAAAAGUACGAGUGAACAUUGAUCUUUCAUUAAUGGAUGAACAAGACACAAAAAAUACCAUUCUUCCUUCCUCGACACGUCAGUGCCAUUUUGCAUUGCUAAUAUUGUUAGCUCUGUUGCUGGUGAUUCUGAAUUUAUAUUAUUUCAAGUAUGAUGAUAAACUUCAGGUUAUUGGAUCUGAAUACAAAUGGGGGAGAUAUCCAGUACCAAAGUUUAAUCACACCAUGAGGCAGAAAGUGGAAACCAGGAGUCUCCAUUGGAUUGACAGGUUGUUGCAAUAUGGCUACCAGAAUCACAGCUUCACCCCUGAAGAAAGGUCAGAGGGAACGCUCCUCAUGAACAUGAUCGAAUGGCCAAAACCACCCAGCUCCGCUGUGCCCUUUGAGAAAAGCAGCGACCCAGCGCAUGCUCACUUUGUAAUUGUAAAUUCUGCCAAGACUUUCUACGUGGGAGAUCAGUUACAAGUGAUGCUGCAGAUGUACAAUUUUGAAGCUCACCCAAAGCGAUAUGAGGGUGACUAUCUCCAAGCUCGGAUCCACACCCCAGCUUUAAAAGCUGGUUCAGUAGGCACGGUUAUAGACAACCAAAAUGGAUUUUACUAUAUCAAUUUUAAUUUAUCUUGGCCGGGGAAAGUUGAAAUUUCUGUUUUAUUAGUUCAUCCCAGUGAAGGGAUACAAGCACUUAAAAGACUACGUGAAGAAUGGCCAGAAAGAGUUUAUUUACAAAGUACCUUCAAAUAUCAUGGUGCUUCAGAAACCACUGUGUGUAAUCUUUAUUUGCCUCAAACUGAGCCACUCUGUAACUUUACUGAUCCCAGGACUGGGGAGCCCUGGUUCUGUUACAAACCAAAGAAGCUUCCCUGCUCUGCUCGUGUCAACCAUUUUAAAGGAGGCUAUGAGAAAAACCUCUUAAUUGGGGAAGAGAAGCAUUAUUUCCAAAGUGGCGUCAACAUCAAGAAGCCCAUGUUAACUAAAUUGCCAAUGUACAUAACAGUCAAGCCUUACUCCCAAACAACUCCGGCUCUUGGAAAAUGUGUCCGUGGACAGCCCAUGGUGUCACCAUCUGGCUUUUAUUAUCAGGACCAGUGGAUGUCAACGACCUGCAAUAUUCACCGUUUUGACACUCCUGCAAAAAUCAAAGAAUGCCUCCGCAGAAAAAUUGUCUACUUGUUUGGAGAUUCCACCAUUCGACAGUGGUUUGAAUAUUUAACUCAGUUUGUCCCAGAUCUCAAGAUAUUGGACCUUGGAAAUCCUGUCAUGGUGGGCCCCCAUCUUGCUGUGAACUUGGAGAAUAACAUUGUGGUAGAAUAUCACCCUCAUGGUCCUCCGAUCCAAUUCAACUCCAUUGCAAGCCAGCACCUGCAACUCAUUUCAAAUAAACUGGACGAGAUUACAGGAGGGAAAAACACCGUUAUAGCCAUUACCUUAACGGCCCAUUUCACCCCUUUCCCUGUUGAAGUCUACAUCCGGAGAAUACAGAAUGUCAGGAGGUCAAUUCUGCAGCUACUCGACAGGAGUCCGGACACACAGGUUGUAAUAAAGACGGCCAACGUGCGGGAACAGCCCCCACAGAUCAUUACCUGUUAUAGUGAUUGGUACGCUGAUCAGAUUGAUCCAGUGAUGAGGAAGAUGUUCACGGGUAUCAAUGUGGUAUUUGUAGAUGCCUGGGAGAUGACAAUAGCACAUUACCUUCCUCACAAUAUACAUCCCGGCAACAUUAUUAUAAAGAAUGAAAUAAAUGUGUUUCUUUCAGAUGUGUGCCCCUCUAUACAAAGAUAAACAGUGUAUUCUCCUUCUUGUGGAAGUCCCUCGAAAUGGGGAGGACACUUCCCCAUGGCAGGGACCUAAGCACGAACUUUUAACGUGGGAUGGCUGUUGAAAUUCUGUAUUAAAUUUCUUCCAACCAAGUUCAGAUAAUCAUAUGAUGCAAAACUUAAAUAACACCAUUAGGUGUCUUAGACAGUACUAUGGGUAUCCAUAGUGUUGCUGCUCCUGCUGACAUCAUGGAGCCUGAAUGACAUAGAAUGGCAUGGCCAGUUUGUGUGCUGUGAAGCAUGCUGGGAAGGCUGCAUGUGCACGUAUGUUUGGUCUGCACCUGAAGUCUCAGGAGUUGCCGUGAAGAUGACAUUCAGUCAGAUUAGAUGCUGAUUAUAUUCUUAUUUCAGAAACUUGCUUCACAGUUUCACAGGCAUCCAGCCACACAAUGUAAAGACAGAGGACCAACAGUGUUCUACUGAGGUCUUUUCAUGAGUAUUUCUCCUGCCUUCACUUCAACCAGAAGCAAUGCCUGAAGCGACUUAGGUUUAUCAAGAAGCUAGUUACAGAACAGUGCCACAUCCAAAUGAAUGCAGGAUCAGGAGAAAGAUGGCACUGCCAGUGACUAAAUGUUACAGUGGCAUUUCUGGAUGAGAAUGGAUACUAUUUUCAAUAUUUGCUGUCCAUUUGAGAGGUGAUAGGCCAAAAGAGCUGAGUACAUUAUUUUGUAUGUCAGCAUGGAGAAGCAAGCAGUGUGGGCCUUUGGCAAUGUCAGGGUAGUCAGGUUUCCAGUGCUGUGUGAGACACAGGAACCAUGUGUGUCACUACAUAAUUAAUGUGCAGUUGGAGCGUAACAAUGUGCAUCAGGUUACUGAAUGCCCACUCUACCCUGGCAGCAGCCAUAAGGACUUCAUUCUGAGGCAGCGCUGCUGCUCCUUCAUGGGGAACCAGAGUGUGAUUCCUCAGGACGAUAUUUACCACUGUCUACAGAAACCAGCAAAAAAAAUCUCCAUCACAGCUGGAACCAUGAGUGCUAGCAUUGAGAUGGCCUCUACAUUCACAGUGGACUCUAAGGUCUGCACACUGUCCUCUGUAUCCACCAGGACUCCUUGACAGUGCUAGAAGGCCAGUACAUCAAGCCUCUCAGUGAGCAUGCUCACCAAUGUUCUCUGUAUGCUGCCCUCUCAAUGUUCCCCGUACGAGUUCCCUCCGACAGAAUUUGUCUGACUUUCCCCUUGGUCUGGUUGGAGUCCACUCCUGUCCAGCAACUGAACAUGUACUGAUCCUAACUCUGUUGAACCUCGCAGUUAUGGCCAGUCCCAGUGUCUAAGCUCAUUGCUUUAAUGUUCAAAUCAAAUUAUGGUGCCUCCACAUUACUGAUGUGGUUUACUGUCUCUCCCUCUUCCUCCUGGUUUAUUGCUUGAGUUAUAUGGAGAUAGGGAGAGGUCGGUGUGAGGACGGGAUCUGUGGAUCUGGAAUCACAGGAUGUGUUGAAACAUGGAAAUAUUUUGUGUGAGUCCUGAGUGCUAGCAAAUGCUGCUCUGUGAGUAGUGGGAAUGUGGUGCAUUGAUCGGUAUGAGGAGUGAGUUGUUUAUUGAGGCAAAGAUGUACAGAGGCACUGAUAUUGGCCACCAGUGUGAGGGCAUUAAACUUAUUGUAACAUUGUUGCCAGGUGUUUGUGGUAUUGACCCUCCUGAAUACCUGUUCUCACUCAUUUCAAAAGCAUUCCAUGAGGGUGCCUGACCUCUUGGGAAACAUGUUCUCCUUCCACACCCCAGCACCAUGGGGAAGAACCUUCUCUGUGUCCUGGUCUUCGACUUCCUCAUUUGCAGUGACCACACUGGUAUUCAGCAGCAUCCUCCUGUAGCAUCCUUUAAGAAAGGGGGAUUGCCUUUCAGAGCUGGAGGUUAACUGCAAUACCUGCUGUCAUACUGACUGUUAAGAUCCAUAUUGUGUGUGUGCAGCCAACCAGAAUUUGGACUGUGUACAGAAAUCAUUUCAAUGUGGAGACUGUCUGUUGCUUCCCCUGCACUGGGAAAACAUAUACCUACAAAUCUUAACCUGACUGACUUGGUAGGCGACUAAAAAUGUUCUGAAGUAGAGUCAUACCAGAUUUGAAGCAUUAACUCUGUUUCUUUCUCGACAGAUACUGCCUGAUCUGUUGAGUUUCUCCAGCAUACUCUUCUUUUUCUCCCUCACUUUUCUAUAUGAAAAUCAGUGUUGACACAUCUUUCUUUCUGUUGUUGCUUUUUUUUCAAUUUUCAGCCCUUCUGAUUCCAAUUCCUGUUGCUUUAUUUGCAAUUAAAUUCUAGCCAACUUAACUUGACUGCUAUCUGGAUUUCAUUAUCUCUCCCUCAAUGUUUAAGCCCUGAACCAAUACCUCAACAGUCUAUACUUUUAAGGAUUUUUUUUUUCUCCAUGACCUUCAAAUUAACUUUUGUUAACUCCCACAAGGCUUACACAGAAGUUGCUUCUCUUUCAAAAAUCAAUACACCAAUCAGAUAAUGUGUUAACAAUUUUAACGAAAUCAGAAAUCACCUAACACUAGCCCAACAGGUUUAUUUAAAGUCAUAAGCUUUUGAAGUGCUGCUCCUUCACAAGGGAAUAGCGCUCUAAAAGCUUGUAAUUUUAAAUAACCGUGUUGGACUAUAACCUGAUGCCAUGUGACUACUGACUUUGUCCAUCAGGAUACUGAUUGUGGAUGAUCAGCUAUGAUCAUAAUGAAUGGUGGUGCUGGGUAGAAGGGCCGAAUGGCCUACUCAUGCACCUAUUGUCUAUUGUCACCCAGUUCAAUACCAGCACCUCCGCAUUUUAAUGAAUGUAGCAAGCCACUGUGAAAUCUUGUUUGGAUAAACUCUGACAAAUUCCAGUGUAUUUGUCUACAGCCAUUGUUCCCUCUGAAAUCCAUGUACAGAAGUGACUUUAAUACAAAUAAUCAGAAAUUAUGCAUCCACUACCUACCAAUCAUGAUUGGCUAUGAUCUGUUCAUGCAAUAUUUGCACAGUUGGGUGUGAUUUCUUCAUGUAAUGUGCAUGUGUCACGUAGCCACAUAGACAUUUGAUCAUAUCAUGCUUUGAGAAAGAACAAAGAAAAUUACAGCGCAGGAACAGGCCCUUCAGCCCUCCAAGCCUGCACCAAUCGAGAUCCUCUGUCUAAACCUGUCAUCUAUUUUUUAAGGGUGUGUUUCCCUUUGCUCCUUGCCCAUCCAUGUACCUGUCCAGGUACAUCUUAAAAGACAUCAUCGUGUCUGCGUCUACCACCUCCGCUGGCAACAUAUUCCAGGCACCCAUCACCCUCUGUGUAAAGAACUUUCCACGCAGAUCUCCCCUAAACUUUCCUCCUCUCACUUUGAACUCAUGACCCAUAGUAAUUGAGUCUCCCACUCUGGGAAAAAAAGCUUCGUGCUAUCCACUUUGUCUAUACCCCUCAUGAUUUUAUUGACCUCAAUCAGGUCGCCCCUCAAUCUCCGUCUUUCUAAUAAAAAUAACCCUUAUCUACUCAACUUUUCUUCAUAGCUGGCACCCUCCAUACCAGGCAACAUCCUAGUGAGCCUCCUCUGCACCGUCUCCAAAGUAUCCACAUCCUUUUGGUAAUGUUGUGACCAGAACUGUGCGCAGUACUCCAAAUGUGGCCGAACCAAAGUCCUAUACAACUGCAACAUGACCUGCCAACUCUUGUACUCAAUACCCCGUCCGAUGAAGGAAAGCAUGCCAUAUGCCUUGACCACCCUAUUGACCUGCGUUGCCACCUUCAGGGAACAAUGGACCUGAACACGCAGAUCUCUCUGAAUAUCAAUUGUCCCCAGGACUUUUCCAUUUACUGUGUAGUCCACUCGUGACAAUUCAGGGUUCAGAGGCAUCUCUGUUCACACUGUGUGCUAUGGCUUGGAAAGGGUUAUUAAGGCUUUCUUUUCAUCUGUUGGGUGUACAGGUAAGGGGAUGAAGAAGAGACAGCACUC